AUGGAAUGUCUCUACUGUUUGCUGGGAUUCCUGCUUCUGGCUGCAAGAUUGCCGCUCGGUGUCGCCAAACGAUUCCAUGAAGUACUGAGUGAUGAAAGACCUUCUGCUUAUGUGGGAAGCCACAACCAAUUAAACGGCUGGUCUUCAGAUGAAAAUGAAUGGAAUGAAAAGCUCUAUCCAGUGUGGAAACCGGGAGACCCUCGGUGGAAAAACGGUUGGAAAGGAGGCCAUGUGCAGGCAGUCCUGACCAGUGACUCCCCAGCUCUGGUGGGCUCAAAUAUAACAUUUAUGGUGAACCUGGUAUUUCCCAGAUGCCAAAAGGAAGAUGCCAAUGGCAACAUAGUCUAUGAGAAGAACUGCAGAAAUGAUACUGCUCUGACUCCUGACCCAUAUGUUUAUAACUGGACAGCAUGGACAGAAGAUAGUAACUGGGGAAAUGGUUCCAACCAAAGCCAUCACAAUGUUUUCCCUGACGGGAGACCUUUUCCUUACCCCCCAGGAUGGAAGAAAUGGAAUUUUGUCUACAUUUUCCACACACUUGGUCAGUAUUUCCAGAAAUUGGGACGAUGUUCAGUGGGAGUUUCUAUAAACACAGCCAAUGUGACACUUGGCCCUCAACUCAUGGAAGUGACUGUUUAUAGACGACAUCAGCGGAUGUUUUCUCGAAUUGCCAAAGUUAAGGACGUGUAUGUGGUAACAGAUCAGAUUCCUGUAUAUGUGAUAAUGUCUCAGAAGAAUGAUCGAAAUGCAUCUGAUGAAACCUUCCUCAGGGACCUCCCUAUUAUGUUUGAUGUCCUGGUUCAUGAACCUAGCCACUUCCUUAAUGAGUCUUCCAUUAAAUAUAAGUGGAGCUUCGGGGAUAAUACUGGUGUCUUUGUUUCUAACAAUCACAUUUCAAAUCACACGUAUGUGCUCAAUGGAACCUUCAGCCUUAACCUUACUGUGGAAGCUUCUGUGCCUGGACCUUGUCCUCCACCUCCUCCUCGAUCUUCAAAACCCACCUCUUCUUUAGGUUCUGCUGGUAACAGUCCCCUAGAACUCAGCGAGGCCCCAGAUGAAAGAUGCCAAAUUACCAGAUACGGUUAUUUUAAAGCCACCAUCACAAUUGUAGAGGGAAUUCGAGAUGUUAACAUCAUCCAGAUGACAGAUGUGAUGCCUGCGUCCCAGCCUGCAAAUUCCCUGAUGGACUUUGUUGUGACAUGCCAAGGGACCAUUCCCACAGAGGUCUGUACGACCAUCUCUGACCCCACCUGUCAGCUCGCCCAGAACUCUGUCUGCAGCCCUGUGGAUUUAGACAAGAAUUGCUUGCUGACUGUGAGGAGAGCCUUCAGUGGGCCUGGCAUAUAUUGUCUUAGCCUUACCCUGGGUGAUGCUGCAAGUCUGGCCCUCACGAGCACCCUUGUCUCCGUGUCCAGCAAAGUCUUGCUUCUGUUUUAUGACCCAGCAUCCCCUUUAAGACUAGCAAAUGGGGCCCUGAUCUCUGCUGGCUGCUUGGUGAUAUUUGUCAUUGUGGUCACCCUCAUGCUGUACAAAAAAUACAAAGUAUACAAACCAAUAGAAAACAUUCCUGGUAAAGUGAUCAACGACAAAGGCCUGGACACUCUCAUCAACCAUGCAAAGGCCACAUUCUCUUGCAGAAGCCAGGAGAAGGAUCCGCUGCUCAAGAACCAGCCAGGAAUUGUUUAA